AUGGGGGCGCGCAGCAGAAACCACAGAGGGAAGGACGGUGGGGACGCGGGCGACGCGAGCGAGGGCCCAGGGGACACAGAGCGAGCCUCGGGCAGCCCCGCAGCCGUGGGGAGCAGAGCGGGCACCCCCGAGGGCAGGGUGCGGAGCGGAGGGGUCCCUGCGAGGGAGGCGGGCCCGGGGGGCUCUGGGAGCAAGGACCCAGCGCAAUGGGGACCCUCUCAUUUAGGAGAAAGGACACGACGGGAAGAAGACAGACGUGCAGGAAUCACGGAAAGCGCCAUCUCAGGCCCAUUAAUCUUGAGGCGCGGGAAAAGGCCGAGACGACGAUUCCCGGAACGCGCAGGGCAGACACCCCGGAGCGCGGAGAGGUCGGGGCCACUGAGACCCCGGCACGCGGGGGCCGGGAGCCUGGGACCGGGAGGGGGCUGCCGGGCCGCGCGCCCUCGGCUCCCCGUGUCACCGCCCGCGGGAGCCUGGGACCACCACCUGGAACCUGCACACCGGGCGGUGACGCCACGGCCCUGGGACCCGGAGGCCUGGGGCAGGGCCAAGCCGAGUGGUGGGGCGACUCCCCGGACACAGCCCGCCGGCUCCCGGACACACCCCACCGGCUCCCCGGACACACCCCACCGGCUCCCGGACACAGCCCACCUGCACCCCGGACACAGCCCACCGACUCCCCGGACACACCCCACCGACUCCCCGGACACACCCCACCGACUCCCCGGACACACCCCACCGACUCCCCGGACACACCCACCGACCCCGGACACACCCCACCGACUCCCCGGACACACCCCACCGACUCCCCGGACACACCCCACCGACUCCCCGGACACAGCCCGCCGGCUCCCGGACACACCCCACCGGCUCCCCGGACACACCCCACCGGCUCCCGGACACAGCCCACCUGCACCCCGGACACACCCCACCGACUCCCCGGACACACCCCACCGACUCCCCGGACACACCCCACCGACUCCCCGGACACAGCCCACCGACUCCCGGACACACCCCACCGACCCCGGACACACCCCACCGACUCCCGGACACACCCCACCGACUCCCGGACACACCCCGACCCGGACACCCCACGACCCGGACACACCCCACCGACACCCCGGACACACCCCACCGACUCCCGGACACACCCCCGACCCGGACACACCCACCGACCCCGACACACCCACCGACCCGGACACACCCCCGACCCGGACACACCCCACCGACACCCCGGACACACCCCACCGACUCCCGGACACACCCCACCGACACCCCGGACACACCCCACCGACUCCCCGGACACACCCCACCGACUCCCGGACACACCCCACCGACUCCCCGGACACACCCCACCGCUCCCGGACACACCCCACCGACACCCCGGACACACCCCACCGCACCCGGACACACCCCACCGUCUCCCGGACACACCCCACCGACACCCCGGACACACCCCACCGACACCCCCGGACACACCCCACCGACUCCCGGACACACCCACCGACCCCGGACACACCCCACCGACUCCCCGGACACACCCCACCGACACCCCGGACACACCCCACCGACUCCCCGGACACACCCCACCGACACCCCGGACACACCCCACCGGCUCCCGGACACACCCCACCGGCUCCCCGGACACACCCCACCGGCUCCCCGGACACACCCCACCGACUCCCGGACACACCCCGCCAUCUCCCCGGACACACCCCACCGACUCCCCGGACACACCCCACCGACACCCCGGACACAGCCCACCGACACCCCGGACACACCCCGGACACACCCCACCGACACCCCAGACGCACCCCACAGACACCCCGGCUCCCCCUCCGACGAGUUAAACCAGCGUAA